CUCUCUCUCUCUCGCCCUCCUGCUUUCAGUUCAGUCAUGAGUUUCCAGUAAGAAGAGGCGUGUGAUGUGAAAUGAACAUCGUUGUACUUUUCUACAUCAUCUUGAAGGAUUCAUUUUACCAUAACCGUCCGAUUUAAACUCUAUUGAUGGAUUUCCACUCUAAACUUUUUGUCAAGUUCGGUCUAUUAUUUAUAAGAACUGGAUAAGAAAACCUGCGCACGUUACUUCUCUUAUGGGAACGGACUUUUAGUGAGGUAAGCAAGUUUCCCCAAACCUUUUCUUUCCAGAAGAUGUAACUUAGACAUUUGAAACUUUCACACAAGGUAUUUUUUGGUCUGUAGUGUAUCUAUAAGAGAAGCUGAACCAGUAGAACCAGCUUGAGUUUCGCGCAGCUGGAAAGUCUCCUCUGCUUUCUGGUUCCUCACAGAAAAACACCAGGAACCAGCAGAAAUGGCAGGAAUAAACAGUUCAAACAUGAAAACGCUGGAGGAUUUGACUCUGGACUCUGGCUAUGGAGCAGGGGACUCGUGUAAGUCCUUAAGCCUGUCGUCCUCCAAGUCAAACUCGCAGGCGUUCAUGAACACCCCUCACCGUGGGAACUGGUGGUACUACUCCGGCUCCAUGAACAGCAGGAACAACAGUUGGGAUACAGUCAACACGGUGCUUCCAGAGGAUCCAGAGGACAUUUUCUCCAAGUGCCCACGCUUACCGGAGCUGGAGGAGUUCCCGUGGAUGGAGGAGGACGUGGGGAGGGUCGUGCGUAAAGGCGCGGGGAAGGGCGCCUCGCUCUCCGCGGAGGCUGUGCGCAGACUGGCCGCCCUGAUGCGCAGGGCGCUGAUCCGCAUCUCGAGAGAGGCGCAGCGGCUCAGUGUCAUGCACUGCAGGUGCACCAGGUUCGAGGUCCAGAGCGCGAUCCGUCUGGUGCUCAGCUGGGCGCUGGCGGAUCACUGCGUCUCGGCCACUGUGAAGGCCAUAUCUAUGUACAACAUGAGCGCUGGAGAGCUCUUGCGCAAGGGGAAGUCAGCCCGGUGCGGGCUCGUGUUCUCCGUUGGACGGUUUUUCCGCUGGAUGGUGGACACUCGGAUCGCGGUGCGCAUCCAUGAGUACGCGGCCAUCUGCCUGACCGCGUGUAUGGAGGCUCUUGUGGAGGAGGUGGGCGUGCGCGUGCUGAUGGCGGAGAAGGAAGGCGCGACGCCCGGCUGCGUCCUGACAGCAGAGGCGCUGGAAGGGGUCGUCAAUAAUGAUGCCGAGCUUUGGGGGCUGCUGCAACACUAUGAGCAUCUCAUCUGUGGGAAGAACGCCAAUGGAGUUCUGUCACUUCCGGCUCAUUUCAGUCCAUACACAGAGGGAUGUCAGACGGGGUUGGAGAGCAGAGAGGAUGCGUACGCUGAACUGGAGCUGCGGACACUCGAACAGGCCUUACUGGCUACAUGUGUGGGCAGCAUCUCCGAACUGAGUGACCUGGUGUCACGGGCCAUGCACCAUAUGCAGCGCCUCAGUUCUGUUCGUCAUGGGCUCAGUCCUGCACGUCAUGCCCGCCAGCAGCCCGUUUCCUGGUCUCCAGAUGCCCUCCACACUCUCUACUACUUCCUGCGAUGCCCUCAGAUGGAGUCCAUGGAGAACCCCAACCUGGAUCCUCCCAGGAUGGCCCUGAGCAAAGAAAGGCCGUUCCUCCUCCUCCCCCCGCUGAUGGAGUGGAUGCGUGUGGCCAUCGUUCAUGCUGAGCAUCGCCGCAGCUUAUUGGUGGACAGCGAUGAUGUCAGACAGACGGCACGGCUGCUCUUGCCCGGACUGGACUGUGAACCCAGACUGCUGAAGCCCGAGUGCUGCUUUAGUUCCUUCAGGCGGCUGGAUGCCAAAGCCGCCACAGAUAAGUUCCAGCUGGACCUGGGCUUCCGCAUGCUCAACUGCGGCCGCACCGACCUGAUUGGCCAGGCCAUCGAGCUGCUUGGGCCAGACGGUGUCAACAGCAUGGAUGACCAGGGUAUGACCCCGCUCAUGUACGCCUGCUCAGCUGGAGACGAGGCUUUAGUCCAAAUGCUGAUUGAUGCUGGAGCCAAUCUGGAUGUAGCGGUACCCGUUUGCUCUCCCAAACACCCUUCAGUCCAUCCAGACAGCCGCCACUGGGUGGCGCUCACAUUCGCUGUGUUACAUGGACAUAUAUCAGUAGUGCAGCUUCUGUUAGAUGCCGGGGCGAAUGUAGAAGGAGCAGCCGUCCGUAACGGACAGGAGAGCAACGUCGAGACGCCUCUCCAGCUGGCAUCUUCCGCAGGGAAUUACGAAAUGGUUAGUUUACUGCUGGUGCGCGGUGCCGACCCCCUGCUGAGGUCCCGGGACAGUAACACGCUGACAUCAUCGCUCUAUGAGGACAUGAACUGCUUCAGUCACGCUGCCGCCCAUGGCCAUAGGAAUGUUUUGCGGAAGCUCCUCUCUCAGCCUCAGAAGGUAAGGGAAGAUGUGCUCUCUCUGGAGGAGAUCCUGGCGGAGGGUGUGGAGGCCGAGACGCGGGCGUCUGGCCGGAAUGGACAUUCUCUACCCCCUCCUCCAUCCCCAAACCUCAGCCUGGUGUCUGAAGAUUCCUUGCCCAAGCUGUGUAAGGCCCGUAUGAAAGCUCUGCAGGAGGCAUCCUUCUACAGCGCAGAGCACGGCUACCUAGAUGUCACCAUGGAGCUCAGAUCAUUGGGAGUGCCAUGGAAGCUCCAUGUGUGGUUGGAAUCUCUACGCAGCGCUCAACAAAGGUCCAGAGCCGGAGUCAUGCUCUCCCUUCUGCGAGACUUCACCUCCAUCAAAGAGGAGGAUUACUGUGAGGAACUAGUCUGCAUUGGCCUUCCUCUGAUGUUCAACAUCCUGAAAAUCAGCAAGAACGAGGCUAUAAUCCACCAGUUGGGCGUCAUUUUUAGUCACUGUUACGGUCCUGCUCCACUUCCUCCUAUCCAAGAAAAGAAGGCAGCUCUCUCUGCUCAACUUGACCCUCACUUCCUGAACAACCCAGAGAUGUCUGAUGUGACGUUCCUAGUGGAGAGCAAACCAUUCUACGCUCAUGGGGUUCUGCUGCUCACGGCGUCCGACAGGUUCAAAAGUCUGCUGGCGCUGAACGGGACGGACAGCACUCAGCCCCGCAAGGAAAUCGAGAUCAGCAACGUCAAGUACAACAUCUUCCAGAGAAUUAAGGAAGGAAGCAAAGAGAAAGAGAAGGUUUUUGUGUGUGUGUGUGUGUUUGUCCAGGCUCAUGGUGCGGUGGAGCUCAGUACAUACUGUGAAGUUUACUUCCUGCAGAACAUGGCAGGUCUGUUGGAGAGGGAAGCCUUCCGUACGCUGAUACUGGGGUCCGGGACACGGAGCGGGUCGGGAAAAGACUCUCUUCUGGAAGAGCUGGAGGCAACAUUAGCACGCAGACUACGCUCACUGCUAGUGACUUCUCGUGUGUGAAAGCAAAAGAGUGGAAAAAAUAGAAAAGUACGUACACAAUAAAAGACAUGGAUGUGUAGAUGUU